AUGUACUCCACAUCCAGAAGGGGUCCGACAUAUAAAAGACGACGUCAGCUAAUCUAUUCCUAUAAGACGGAAAGCAGGACAGAAAUAAAUAUUCACACUGAACUUAUUUACACCUACUUAAGGUUUGCUUUAAAGUAUAGCAAAAAAAUAUGGAUAAGCCUUUCAAAAUAUGGAAUGCUGAUCCAAAUUGUUGAUAUUGGAAAAAGCAAGCUGGAAAUUUCCCCAAGUGCAUCUACAAGAGUGGUCUUGGAAUGUGAUGGUACUGAAGUAGAAGAUGAAGAAUAUUUUGCAUUUAUGCAGCCAAAUACUGUAUUCCAGCUUCUACAAGUAACAGAGAAAUGGAGACCCCCACAAUCAACCAGUCAAUCUCAGAUGAAUUACGAUGAUGUAGAUUGUGGUGGAGACAGUGAAAGCAUCCCACUCAGGCUUCGUCAUUUAUUACAGAAGAUGCAGACAGACAUAGCUUCUGUUAUAUUACUUUCUGCUGAUGAUCUGGAGACUGUUUCUAAGAUGCCAUUAAGUGAGCUUGCCUCUCAUCUUUCUGAAAGUGAAUUCUUUGCUGAACAAAUUCAAGCAGCUUGUCGCAACAGACUGGAAAACAUUUAUCAGACACAAGAUGCCUUGGAUCUGCUCAGAAUAUAUCAUGCAUCACAGCAAAAUAGUUUGUUGGUGGAAGAAAGCAGCAAGAAGCGAAAAGCAGAAACCUGA